AAAAUUACCCAAGAAAACAGCCAGACGAUACCCAGCAUAUGAGCUGUAUCUCUAUGGGGAAGGGAACUAUGCUGAAGAAAACAAAAAUCUCCUAUUGACAGGAAUUCCAGUUCUCUUUCUUCCUGGGAAUGCUGGCAGUUAUAAACAAGUACGUUCCCUUGGCUCUAUUGCACUUAGAAAAGCAGAAGAUGUUGACUUCAAGUAUCAUUUUAAUUUCUUCAGUGUCAACUUUAAUGAGGAGUUGGUUGCAUUGUAUGGUGGUAGCCUGCAACGACAGACCAAGUUUGUGCAUGAGUGCAUAAAAGUAAUUCUGAAGUUGUACAGGGAUCGAGAAUUUGCACCGAGCAGUGUAGCAAUAGUUGGGCAUUCCAUGGGUGGUCUUGUUGCAAGAGCAUUGCUCACUCUGAAGAAUUUUAAGCCUGAACUUAUAAACCUGCUCAUUACACAAGCCACACCUCACGUUGCACCUGUAAUGCCUUUAGACAAGUAUCUUACCGAUUUUUAUACAGCUGUAAACAAUCAUUGGAUUCUAAAGGCCCAAGAUUUAAGAAAUUUAACUACCCUUUCUGUGGCGGGAGGAUUCAGAGAUUACCAAGUUCGUUCAGGACUGGCUUUUCUACCAAGAUUGAGUCAACAUGACAGUGCCUUAUCUGUUGUGAGCUCAGCUGUGCCUAGAGCUUGGGCCUCAACUGACCAUCUCUCCAUAGUGUGGUGCAAAGAACUGAUCCUGGCUACCAUUAGAGCUUUCUUUGAUCUCAUAGAUGAAAACACAAGGCAGAUAACUGAGGACCCAAAGAAGAGAAUGUCUGUACUGAAUCACCACUUUGUGAGACACCCUGCAAAGAUGUUUGAGGAAAAUCCUGAAGCUUUUACAAACCUCACAGGAGCUUUCAUGUGGAUUACAGUCAAAGGCUCAAAAUGGACUUAUUCAGUUUACAAUGAUUCUGAUGGAAAAUAUUUCUCAUUUCCUCUUGAAAGCCACAGAAAAUCAUACAGUCAUGUUUACUGUGAAAAUAGUAUGUUGGACACAAGUAGCUGGAUUUUUGGCUGCAUGAACACUAAUUCAUCAAUGUGCCUGGAAGCUGCUGAUUUAUCCUGGAGAGCUGAGUUACUUCCAACCACCAAGGUUGUAAUGCUGAAACUUGUGGACUAUCCUUCUUUGUCCCACAUUGUCAUUCAGGUGCCACCUGCAGUUGGCAAUAAGUAUACUUUGGGCUGUGAAUUCUUCAAAGAGGAUUCCAGAACAGUACAGCUCCCUGUAACACAUCUUUUUUCAUUUGGGCUUUCUUCAAACAAAAUUCUAUUAAAUUCAACUGGAUUGCUUUACAAUGUCCAGCUCCAGCACUUCAACCAAAUAUAUCAAGCUUUCAAAAUUUAUAUAGACAGCCAUUGCCAGUCACUCAGAGAAAGAAAACCUAGUGUUUACAGACUUCAUAUCCCCUGGUCAUAUGAAGACUCAAUAACUGUAGCAAAAGUUCCAUCUCUUGCUGAGAUUUCUGCCAGACUUCACAUUGCUCAGCCUCCCAAUGACAGCAGCAUGCCAGAGUUAAACAUCUACUCUUCCCCAGACUGUCAGUAUGAAGUAAUUCUGAAGACUUCACUUCUACAGGUUCUUGGACAGAUAGUAAGGUUCCAUGCUGGUGCUUUUCCAGUCUAUAUUGUUUCUAAUAUUCUUCUUACUUAUGGAGGACAACUGAGCACAUUGAGAUCAACAGGCCAGUGUUCAGACUUCUCCCUCGAACUAGUUAGGACAGCAAAGCCCUACAAAGUAGAACCUCUUAUAAGCAUUGUUGUGUUUCUGCAGGGGUUUAACUGGUUUAGAGAGAUAUGGGAAUCACUGUCACUACCAGAGGUGGAUGCUGCUGUACUGAGUAGUCAGGAUGCAUGGUUCCCCCUUGUGUCCCUGAUUCUAUUUCUUUUUGGGACAGGCAUUGCCUACUGGAGUGGAAUAUUUUUCUCUACAUCUCUGAGACUCUUCUCUUCAUUAUGGUUAAUUCUGAUUAGACCUACUGAACUUCAAAAAGAUAAGUUGAUUACACCUAGAAGGCUCUGUGGGAUGGUAUCUCUUGCUUUGGUUAGCUGGACCACUUGUGGUGCAUUUGCUGUACUCAUUAUUUAUCUUCAAUACUUGUUCAAGGUUGUAAAACUGCACGUGACUGUAAGAGCAGAGCAAAACAUGCACAACAGGGAUUCAGGCCACUCAAAAGAAACUUCACAGAACUCCAGUACACACACAGUCAAAGCCCAGAGUUCGGUGGACAGCAUUCCAGAAGCAACACAGUCUCCUUCCAACAGUAGAACACUUGCUGAAGCUGUUAACAGUCUUAAGAUGCACAUUACAAUCCUUAAUUUAUUCACGUGGAUUGUGCUGCUCAACUUGCCAUCUUUAAUUUAUUGGUUAAAAAAUCUCAGGUACAAUAUUAGACUUGAUCCUGAUCCCUGUAGAUCCACAGCUGUUAUUCUCAUAUGCAUUUUAGAAAUUCUGAUGAAUUCAAGUACUUCUGAAGUGAAAUCAAGUAAACUCUUGAAGAUUGCAGCCAAAGUUCCACUCCCUUUGUCUGUUGCAAUGCUGGCCUUUGGACGAAUGCAUUUAUACAGAGUCCCACACUUUGUAACCUUCUCUCUUCUUCUACAUGUGCUGUGCUGUUUUGUGUAAUGUUCAUUCUGUAUAGGACAUAUAUAGGACAAUGCACCCUAGAAACUUAACACUGGAGAUGGGAAAAAUUGCAACACAGAAAUGCCUAAAUUAAUAUGAUCAGUAGUUUACAUUAUGUGGGAAAGAGGACAGAACUGUGAAUACUUCACAAAAAAAUAAUGGUUUUAUUCAUGUUGCUUAGAAAACUUUUCCUGGUGUUUAUUUCGUGUUUCUGAAAAUGGAGUGAUUUAACUAUGUAUAAGCACAUGACUCAUAUCAGUGCAACAUCUCAAUACUCUGCCUUGUAGACACUUUGGUAUUUCGCUAUACUGCUUUGUGAAAACAGACCUUUUCUACUCACUGUGCCAUGCAGUGUCUGUGUUCGGAACUUGCAUCUCUUGCAGGUCUAAAAUAUGCUGGUUAAAACUCAAUACAUUUCAAGCACACUGUGACUAUCACAAAAACCACACAGCCAAGUAUACUUUGAAUUAUUUUAUGUUAUAUUCAAAAGCUGCCAUAUUUGUGUCUAGACAAACUAGAAUGUACUGCUUAUAUAGAACUGUUAUUUCUAUCAAAUCAUUUGUUCAAACAGUGUGAGUUGAACAUUUAUGAGAUUAUUGCAAGUCUUACACAUUUUACUUUUUGUGAGAGUGAGAAAAACAACACUAUUCUAUGUAGCUUUCUAUUCAGGAAGGAUACCAGCAGAUUCAUAAACAGUUUGCUGUAAUGUUGUUUUAAAACAUUGUCAGUUUUCUCUGGAAUUUUGAAAUUAAUCCUUGGACUUUGUCCAUAUGUAGAAGCUAGAAAACAUUGAGAUAUGGUAUGAGUAAACAGUGCAGUUGCUGCACUCUUGCUAAGUAGACAAGGCAUGUUUUUUUAUUGUUGUAAACAGAGAAUCAACCAUCUCCUAAUAAAUUCCAAUACAUAAAAUGAAUAUGUAAUAGUUACAACCCUGCAAACUCCUGUCCUGCCGUAAAGUGCUAACUUCUGCAUGUGGACAAAUGCAGUAACAGUGGGAAAUACUGACCAUAAUUAUUAGCUCUGUAUAAAUUUUAUCUUAGUGCCUAGAUGCUACAGUGACUGCCAUUUAUAAUAAAGCCUACAAUAGCUAUGUGUAAGGAAUUCUGUCCCCCUAUGUUUUGCCAACAGAAGAAAUCUCAGCAGUCCUUAGGUUUAAAUGAUGUAUUGAUUCUGUGUAGAGAUGAGCUUUACUACUUGCUUCUGUGUUAGCUGUCUCUGCUGUGUCUGAGAUACCUGUUACCUUCAUCUGGAAAUACUAGACCAGCUCAAUCAUCUUAUAGGAAUACCAAGAGGAAAUCUGCUGCUCACAGUCAAUCAAGUAUACUCUUGAUAGUACAGCCAGCCUGACCCAUUAAUUCCAUCAUAUCCUAAUAAUCUUGCCUAAAGUGCCUCAGUUAUUUCUAACGUGUUGUUAGGGUAAAUUCCUUUGAGCUGGCUGGAAAGACUCAAUUCACACAGUGACUUUCCAAAAUGAAGGACAAACAUGAAGAAAGCCACGUGUGUUUUGUUUGCUUAUAUCCAAGUCAGCAGUUCAAGUUAUUAGUAAUUCAUUAAAAGUGCUGUAACUGAGUAAGGGUAUUGUAGUUAGCCAAAUCACUGUCACUGUUAUCAGUAAUCUAUGUGCUGGUACUCUAGUCUUAACCUUUUUAAAAAAGAAGGUUAGAUUAUAUAUAGUGUUUGUAAAUCAGAAACAUUAUUUGAAUAGAUUAUAUCUUGAUAUUUUCUAAUCAAAUGUAUGCUACAGUGUAUGUAUAUAAGAUAAUUUGUGUGAUGUAAUAUACUUGUAGCUAAAUGUACCAGUUGGUUUAACUAGAAAUUGCUGUUCAGACAUAGAAGACUAGAAUUGUACUUGCAAAUGGCUGUGAAUGAAAGAUUGUGGCAGAACUGCAUUAGGGCUGGCAAAGGGCUGUGAAAAGUGCAGGGUCUGAUUUCUGUGGAAGAUAGUUUUCCUUGACUUUCAUGGUCUGUUUGGCUUACUACUCCAUUUUACUUCUGGUUUUGUUUUGCCCCCUUAACAGUUUCUUUCUGCAGGAAUUCGUUUGUUUGAACUAUUGGAAAUUAAAUAGAUUCAAUAUUUAGUAUCUUUGAUCACUUUCCAAAUAGGCCAUAAAGUGAAAUCUACUGAAUUACAGAAGCAUAGGAUAACACCAAUUUUUAUUUUUUUCUUUUAUUUAAUGAUUUUUUUUUUAGCUGGAGUUCUGUUGUUGAUUGUUAGCACUCUUCAUAAAGUGGGUUCCGGUAUCUUGUGUAUAUUCCUGCCUGAUUUUCAAGUUGGAGGUAGGAAUAGGUAUAGUCCUGAGUCUGGGAUCUCAGCUGACAGAAGUUUUUCACAUCUCCCUCAACACUCCCUUUUCUCAGAGAUGGUUUACCUUUACUGGGGAAGGGAGGGGAAGUCUUACUCCUGUUUUGAAUUUAAAUGCACUGUGUGCCAUUUAAUAGAUUUAAACUGUCAUCAGGGGUGUGUGUUCAGAUUGUGCAGUGAUCAUGGACUGGACAAAUUCAGCUGUUUGGCAGAUUAGGAGUCUAAUCCCAAUUAGAUUUGCCAUAUAGUCAAUGGAUGGUAAUAGGAUUAGAAAAAGAAUUCAUCCCAUUCUAAGAAACUGUCUGAGAUUGUUUUUCAGGUGAAAUACAAUGAUUGUUUGUUGGACAAGAAGCUUCUGUUAGGUGAAUCUGUAGUUCUGCCACUGUUCACAGUUAUCCUUUCAGCAGAAACAUAGGAUAACCCUAUAUAUAUAUACAGUUAAUUGCAUAUAUAAAAAGAUGUAAAUAUUACUGAAAUAUCCUUUAUUAUGAGUGGGCUGUAUUUAUAAAACAGCUUUUGGCAAGUACAUUAUAAUGUCUCUUACUACCUUUAAUUACAUUAAAAUUCCACUUUAUUCUUCAAAUUUUAGAUUAGCUAGACUAUGUGGGAGGAGAUCAAGGCACAAAUUUUAAAGGUUUAGACCUCAGGAUGCAUUCAAAAUAAGAACUAUUUAUGUGACUCUAAUAAUUUUUUUUUUUAAUAAGCUAUCAGAAACAAAAUGAGGAAACAGGGUAAGAACUUAAAAUACUAAAUGCCACUAACUUUUGGUACAGCAGAAUCUUUCUUUGACAGGGAGGGAUUUAAUGAAAAUCUUUUAGUGAUAGCUUCAUGCCUUGAAAUUACUCUUGAAGUCUGUAAUCUUUUCUGCUUGAUGUCAUCAAACGUGUUCCUCACAGUCUCAUCGUGCUCCAAUGACACAUGUAGCUAAUGCUUCAUAGAAAGUCUCCAUGUGUCUGAUAAGUAAAAACUCAUAUCUUCACUGGAAUUACCAAAUGGACCUUGGAACUGAGAGAAUUAAUAUUGUCCUAAGCUAAUCCUUUUAGUUGUGAUUUAAAAGUUGGUUGCAGUGGGUCACAUUUCAGCAUCCCAUUGAAAGAGAAUUGGUUUGGGGGGUUUUGGUGGGAGGUUUCUUUGUAUGGUUUAUUUCCAAGAAACCUGCAGUAACUGGAAUUUAAGUUAAUAUUAUUUCUGACAUUCAGAGUUCUGCCCUAAUUUUGAUUUUGAGUGAGCUAAGUAAUGUAGCAAAUGACUUAAUAUUAAUUUGCUAUGUUUCAAAACAAAUAGAUGAAUAAUGACAAAACCCUAAGCAGUACAUUAGUAAUACGUUGGAGAAAGCAUAGAGACUGCUGGUAUGUCUAAGUGAAUUUUUCAUCUAUAACCUAAUUGGGCUAACUUUAAAGUCAGUGAUUAGUAAAAUAAAAUGUAUUGACAUUUAACCUCAGAAGCAUUCCAUAUGUCAGUGUUUGUUACAUCUCAUUUUCCAUGUGUUUCCAGUAACAAGUGAUGAACUCACUUGGUGUUUUUUUGAAAUCUGAUAAAUCUGAUACGUCUGACGGCACAGAAUAAAGUCCAUUAUGUAGCCAUUAAUAAAUCUAAACAUUUGAGAAAUUUU